ACUAGUGCAGGUGCUUGGUGCAUGUCAGGAGAGAGGGAGAGGGGGCUGCAAUAGGAAAGGAGGGAUGGGGAGAGUGGAGGGGAGGCAGCAAGAUCCAGGGAUGAGGGCAUGAAAAGGGCACCAGGAGGAUCCUUUGCACCAGCCAGGGGCUCUGCAAUGAAUGGUCUCCAGCAAGAAGGGCACUUUUGAGAUAGGAUGAUGCUCCUUAUUGAUGGUCGGUAGUACUAUGAUUUGGUAUGUGGCCACUUUGAUAGCAAGUGUAAUCACCACCAGAGGACUUGCAGCUCAAGGUGUCUACGGCUCACGGGAGGAACCCGAGUUUGUGACAGCUCGUGCUGGUGAGAGCGUGAUCCUGGGAUGCGACGUGAUCCAUCCGCUGACCGGGCAGCCCCCUCCCUAUGUGGUGGAGUGGUUCAAAUUCGGAGUCCCCAUUCCCAUCUUCAUCAAGUUUGGGUUUUACCCUCCCCACGUGGACCCAGGGUAUGCAGGCCGCGCCAGCCUUCAUGACAAGGCAUCCCUGCGCAUCGAGCAGAUUCGCUCUGAGGACCAGGGCUGGUACGAGUGCAAAGUGCUUAUGUUGGAUCAGCAGUACGACACCUUCCACAACGGCAGCUGGGUGCACCUCACAGUCAAUGCUCCCCCCACCUUCACGGAAACGCCCCCCCAGUACGUAGAAGCGAAGGAGGGCAGCAGCGUCACCCUGACCUGCAUGGCUUUUGGGAACCCCAAACCUAUUGUCACCUGGCUGAGAGAAGGGGACCUCGUAGGUGCCAGUGGGAAAUACCAGGUGAGCGAUGGGAGUCUGACUGUCGUGUCGGUCAGUCGGGAAGACAGAGGCGCUUACACUUGCCGGGCUUACAGCAUCCAAGGGGAGGCUGUGCACACCACUCGCCUGCUCGUACAAGGACCCCCCUUCAUCGUUUCCCCUCCAGAGAACAUCACCGUCAACAUCUCCCAGGAUGCCCUGUUCACCUGCCAGGCUGAGGCGUAUCCGGGGAACAUGACCUACACCUGGUACUGGGAGGAGGAGAAUGUCUACUUCAAGAAUGACCUGAAACUGAGGGUCCGGAUCCUGAUUGACGGGACGCUGAUCAUCUUCCGUGUCAAAUCAGACGAUGCUGGGAAAUACACUUGCAUUCCUAGCAACAGCCUUGGCCGCUCACCGUCAGCCUCUGCCUACCUGACAGUGCAGUAUCCCGCCCGUGUGGUGAACAUGCCACCCAUCCUAUAUGUUCCCAUUGGGAUACAUGGCUACAUCCGCUGUCCGGUGGAGGCAGAACCGCCGGUCACCUUCGUCAAGUGGAACAAAGAUGGACGCCCCCUGCGAGUUGAAAAGUAUUCUGGCUGGAACCUGCUGGAAGAUGGGUCAAUCCGAAUAGAGGAGGUAACAGAGGAAGCUCUCGGCACUUAUACCUGUGUGCCUUAUAACGCCCUGGGUACGAUGGGCCAGUCCCCCCCUGCCCGACUGGUACUGAAGGACCCACCCUAUUUCACGGUGCUACCAGGCUGGGAGUACAGACAAGAGGCAGGGAGGGAGCUGUUGAUCCCUUGUGCUGCUGCAGGAGACCCCUUUCCUGUCAUCGCCUGGAGAAAGGUAGGGAAGCCCAGUAGAAGCAAGCACAACACCCUUCCAGGUGGCAGCCUGCAGUUCCGAUCCCUCAGCAAGGACGACCAUGGGGAGUGGGAGUGCAUCGCUACCAAUGUGGUCACAAGCAUUACUGCCAGCACUCACCUUACAGUCAUAGGCACAAGCCCUCAUGCCCCGGGUAGUGUGCAUGUAAUGGUCUCCAUGACCUCUGCCAACGUCUCCUGGGAGCCUGGCUAUGACGGUGGAUACGAGCAGACAUUCUCAGUUUGGUACGGCCCUCUGAUGAAGAGAGCACAGUUCGGACCCCAUGACUGGCUGUCUCUUCCGGUACCAACUGGUCCUAGUUGGUUGCUGGUGGACACCCUGGAACCAGAGACUGCCUACCAGUUCAGUGUCUUGGCUCAAAACAAACUGGGUACGAGCGCCUUCAGUGAGGUGGUCACUGUGAACACGCUAGCAUUCCCUGUAACAACUCCAGAACCACUGGUGCUGGUUACCCCACCGAGAUGCCUAACAGCCAAUCGGACGCAGCAAGGAGUCCUGUUGUCGUGGCUUCCUCCAGCCAAUCACAGCUUUCCAAUUGACCAUUACAUCAUGGAGUUCCGCGUAGGGGAGAGGUGGGAGAUAUUGGACGAUGCCAUCUUGGGGAGUGACAAUGACUUUUUUGCCAAGGAUUUGUCUCAGGACACCUGGUAUGAGUUCCGAGUUCUGGCUGUCAUGCAGGACCUCAUCAGUGAGCCUAGUAACAUUGCAGGUGUCUCCAGUACAGACAUAUUCCCGCCGCCUGACCUGACGGACGAUGGUUUGGCCCGACCUGUGCUGGCGGGCAUUGUUGCCACCAUCUGCUUUCUGGCUGCUGCCAUCCUCUUCAGCACGCUAACUGCCUGCUUUGUCAACAAACAACGCAAACGCAAGCUCAAGCGCAAGAAAGACCCUCCUCUCUCGAUAACCCACUGCAGGAAGAGUCUGGAGUCUCCGUUGUCUUCCGGUAAAGUGAGUCCCGAGAGCAUCCGCACCCUCCGUCCCCCCUCGGAGUCCUCUGAUGACCAAGGCCAGCAGGGCAAGCGUAUGCUGAGCCCCAGCAAGGAAAAGGAGUUGUCCCUUUACAAGAAGACCAAGAGGGCCAUUAGCAGCAAGAAGUACAGUGUCUCCAAGGCUGAGGCUGAAGCCGAGGCUACUACCCCCAUUGAGCUCAUCAGCCGUGGGCCCGAUGGCCGCUUUGUCAUGGACCCCUCAGAGAUGGAGCCCUCACUCAAGACCCGCCGGAUAGAGGGCUUCCCCUUUGUGGAGGAGACAGACAUGUACCCUGAGUUUCGCCAGUCAGACGAAGAGAAUGACGACCCCAUUGUGCCCUCAUCUGUGGCAGCCCUCAAAUCUCAGCUGACCCCUCUCUCUUCCAGCCAGGAAUCCUACCUUCAGCCACCAGCAUACAGCCCCAGAUUCCACAGGGGCUUGGAGGGCACAGGUGCUCUGGAGAGCCACCUGCAGGCCACUGGUCAGGCCAGACCGCCAGCCCCGAGGCCUUUCCACCACAGCCAAUUUUACGGUUACCUCAGCAGCAGCAGUCCUGGGGAAAUGGACCCUCCGCCCUUCUACAUGCCAGAGGUCAGCCCUCUCAGUUCUGUCAUGUCCUCCCCUCCUCUGCAUCCCGAGGGCCCCUUUGGACACCCCACCAUCCCGGAGGAGAAUGGAGAAAAUACUUCCAACAGCACGUUGCCCCUGACUCAGACGCCAACAGGGGGCCGGUCUCCUGAGCCAUGGGGCAGGACUGAGUUCCCUUUCAGCAGCCUAGAGGCUUCUCCCAUGAUAUUCCCUCAACAGCUCCACCAGUGCGAGGUGGCAGAGUGUGUGCAGCUGACGGCCUGUCUUCCUAGGGGCCCGCCCCCUUCCUCCCUCCAGGUCCCUGCAUCCUAUCCUGGCAUUCUGCCCCUGGAGGCACCAAAGAGUUGGACUGGCAAGCCACCUGGCAGAAGCCAACCCUCUGUGCCCACCACCACCAAAUGGCAGGACAAACCUAUGCAACCUAUGGGGAGUCAAGGGCAGCUAAGACAUACCAGUCAAGGUAUGGGCAUACCCGUGUUGCCUUACCAUGAACCGUCCGAGUCAGUCAGCCACAGUGGCACAAGCACAUUUGGCCUGGACACCAGGUGGUAUGAGCCCCAACCCAGACCUCGGCCUAGCCCUCGGCAAGUCAGGAGGGCUGAACCCAGUUUACAUCAGGUGGUGCUACAACCUUCGAGGCUUUCCCCUCUGACCCAAAGCCCCCUCAGCUCCCGCAACAGCUCCCCGGAGCUGACUGCACGUGCCAGACCGCGACCGGGUCUCAUCCAGCAAGCGGAGAUGUCGGAGAUCACCCUGCAGCCCCCCGCGGCAGUCAGCUUCUCCCGCAAGUCCACCCCGUCGACCGGCUCCCCGGCUCAAAGCAGCAGGGGAGAAAGCCCCAGCUACCGACCUGCCAUGGCCUUCACCUCUUUGGCCACUGGCUACCCCUCCUCUCAGUGCCCCUCCCUUCCCGGGGACAGUAUGGAUGUUUUUGGACAAAUUCCCUCUCCGAGGAGGGCUGGGGAGGAGAUUCUCAGACCUGAGCCUACACCGACAACAUUAUCCACUUCGGGAGAACAUCCAUCUCCAUCCGGGAACGCUGCUGCACCUGAGAGGCUCGAAGCUCUGAAAUACCAGCGGAUAAAGAAGCCCAAAAAGUCAUCCAAGGGCUCCUCAAAAUCCAGAAAACAAUCCAAUGGUUCUGCCUCCCAGGUUCAGCAAGUUCCCAACUCUCAGGUACUGUGGCCUGACGAAGCGGUCUCCCUCCGCAAGAAGAAGAGACACUCUCGUCAGGAUCCCUUCGCUCGCCUCUCCGCAUUGAAGGAUGACCUUUGCCACCGGCAGCUCCCUGAGGACCAGACAGCUAUUCUCAACAGCGUGGACCACGAUGAUUCUGGCGGGCAUGCCACCUUACUUUAGCAUAGCGCCAGCCAGAGAAGGUUCAAAGGGAGGGGGGAGGAGGGAGAGGAGAUUUCAUGAGCUACAGGCACAUGUGGGGAGAGAUGGGGUGUGAGCUUCAGCCUGGGUUCUCAUACCAACAAGCUGAAUGUUUGGUAUCACAUCCAGGGAACCCAGCAUCCAGUCUUUGCCCACUGGGAGAGGCUCUCCCCUUCAUAGGACACCUUCCAUUUAGUGCAGA